GAUGUUAAUAUGAGACCAGAUAAACAGCUGAGAACAGUCAGUAAAGUCGUCUCCCUUUGCUCGGUAUCUCCACUUUCACAGAUAUUGUUAUCCUAGAUAGCCAUCAAGAACUGCUUAACCAUGGAGGCAACUCAGAUGAAUAAGCAAGACGACAAGCCUCUUUCUGGGAAGGUUGCCGUGGUUACAGGAGCUUCGUGCGGUAUUGGUGCUGCCAUCUCUCGGCACCUAGCAGCGGCAGGAGCUAAGGUUGCCAUGGCAGCAAGACGCGAAGAGAUGUUAAAUGAGUUAAAAGAAACAAUUAAAAAAGAAGGUGGCGAGGCGAUCGCUGUGAAAUGUGACGUGUCAAACAGAACUCAGGUGAAAGAGAUGAUAAAGCAGACAGAGGAGUCCUUUGGUCCCGUGGAUAUUUUGGUCAAUAGUGCUGGGGUGUGGUACUUCUCCUUUAUGAAGAACGUGCAAGAAGACGAAUGGGAACGCACUGUCGACGUUAACAUCAAGGGUGUCCUUAACUGUAUCGGAGCCGUGCUAAGUGACAUGUGUGAGAGACGAAGCGGGCAUAUUGUCAACAUAUCGUCAGAUAGCGGCAGAGUGGCGUCUAUCGGGAUGGCAGUUUACACCGGCACUAAGUUCUUCAUGGAAGGAAUGACACGAACGCUGAGGCAGGAGGUAUGCAAAGAAGGGGUCAAGGUGACCAGCGUCCAACCAGGAGCCGUGGACACGCCAGGGCUGACGGAUUCUUGCUUAGUGAUGGACGACGAGUGCAAGAAAAUUUACAGUGAACUCGCAGAAGGCAUCAAAGUUUCAGCUGACGAUAUUGCUCGUGUUGUGUUAUAUGCCCUGAAACAACCGGAUGAAGUGGCCAUCAACGAAGUUCUUAUUCAGCCACGAGAUGCUCCACUUUAAAAAUGGGAACCUCAGAAAAUAUUUAAUACAACUUAACACCUCCAGAAGU